AUAGCGCCACGUUGGUUUACCAACAGUCAUGGCGCACAGCCCGUCUCGUGUCUUUGCUGCACUUUCACCGUCUGCUGGUGAUGUUUACCGAGACGAAAACCAGUCGGUGUUUAACCGAGGUCGCAAGCAAACACAUUUAUCCGCUCAAAGCAACGUGAGGGUGAUUGAGGUGACGGGCUGCGCGGAGAUAUCCAGUCCACCAGACCGCGCCUGCGUCUCCAUCAGCGUCAAAAACAGCAAAGAAAAUGUCAACGACGUGACCAACAGCGUUACCCGAAGACUGGAAUACAUAUUGCAGACCGCCAGACAGCACGACGUCAAGGAAGAAAACAUCACCGUUACCAAGCAUUUACAAAGAGAUGAGGAUCUCUUCCACAUGCAGGCUGAGGUGCUUGUGGUGUUUUUAGACUUUGAGAAGAUGCAGCAAGCGCGCACAGUUUUGAUUGAGAAACUGGACAAAAGUGUGUGUGUUGGUGACCCUUACUACAGUCACAGUGCUGAAAGCCUCAGUUUGUUAAGACGACGUGUGUGUUUGGAAGCGGUGGACAAUGCCCGACUAAAAGCCAGCGAGGCGUGCUGUAUUCUGGGCCAGGCUCUGGGACGUCCGCUGUUGGUCCGUGAGGAGGAAUCUCGAGAGUGGAGCAGCAGUCAGCAGGAUGCCUCUGGCUCUCCUCUAACACUACACCCCAGGACUGAUGCUACGCUAAUCUCUGCCACUUCACGCAUGUUUGUCACCUUUGAACUGCGACCUAAGGACAAUAACAGGAGGAAGUUUUAGUUUGUUCAACAAUAAUAUAAUUACUACACAUUUUUAUGUAUGUUAACGCCUAUAAAGAACCACUGAUAUUCAGAAAAGAGUCCACAGUGAAGAUAACACUAUUUACUCCCAUUGUUGUCGUAAUGAAAAACAACUAUACUGAUGAAUAGCACUGUGUGCAGCUUUAAUGAACAUGUUAUUCAAAUAAUCAGUGUUUACUUAUUAGCUGGCAUUUUCCAUUUAUUGACACUAACGAAAUGUAUCAUUGGACCUCAACUUUGGAUAAUAAAAAGUUUAACAAAGUCA